AUGGGUGUUUGUGGUGAACCGAUGGGCAUAGGCGGAGCUACGGCAUGGUUGUUCGCUCGCGAGGGCGCGAAGGUCGCGCUCUCCGAUCUGAACGAAGACAAGGGGCGAAGAUCCGCCGACCAGCUUCGUGAUCGAGGCUACUCGGCUAUCUUCGUCCCUCUUGACGUCGCCAAUGAGGAAAACUGGAUUCGCGCGGUCAGUCAGACGGUGUCCGCCUUCGGUAGGUUGGAUCUUCUUGUGAACGGUGCUGGCAAUGUGAUCGCGGGCGGUAUCGAAGACUCGACUCUUGAGGCGUGGGAUAGCCUGAUGGCUGUCCACGCCAAAGGUCCGUUUCUUGGCACCAAGCACGCGGUUCCGGAAAUGCGCAAAGUCGGUGGCGGCUCCGUUGUCAACGUAUCGUCAAUCGAUGGCCUGCAUGGAACCAGCAUGGGAGCGGGAUAUCCAGCUGGCAAAGCGGCAAGUCGACUCUUCAGCAAGUCGGCCGCUCUCCAAUAUGCGCAAGAGAAACAUCAGGGUGAACUCGAUUCAUCCGGGAUACGUAGAGACACCGCUGAGCAGGACUAUCGCCAAUUGGUCCAAUGGCCCAACACUGGAAGAGCUUAA